AUGCUUCUUGUUCAUAUUGACCCCUGCGUUCACAAUGGUGUCCUUCUUCUCACUAUAACAUCCCACCUACCAGUUUCUAUCUCUCUCUCACCCUCUCUCUCUCUCACACACUCUCUCUCUCACACACUAUCUCUCUCUCUCUCACACACUAUUUCUCUCUCUCUCACACUCUCUCUCUCUCACACUAUCUCUCUCUUUCACACACUAUCUCUCUCUCUCUCACACUCUCUCUCACACACUAUCUCUCUCUCUCAUACACUAUCUCUCUCUCACUAUCUCUCUCUCUCUCACACUAUCUCUUUCUCUCUCACACACUAUCUCUCUCUCACACUAUCUCUCUCUCACACACUAUCUCUCUCUCUCACUAUCUCUCUCUCACUCUAUCUCUCUCUUUCUCUCACACUAUCUCUCUCUCUCACAAACUAUCUCUCUCUCACACUAUCUCUCUCUCUCUCACACUAUCUCUUUCUCUCUCACACACUAUCUCUCUCUCACACUAUCUCUCUCUCUCUCUCACACUAUCUCUUUCUCUCUCACACACUAUCUCUCUCUCACACUAUCUCUCUCUCUCACACACUAUCUCUCUCUCUCACACUAUCUCUCUCUUUCUCUCACACACUAUCUCUCUUUCUCACACUAUCUCUCUCGCACUAUCUCUCUCUUUCUCUCACACACACUAUAUCUCUCUCUCUCACACUAUCUCUCUCUCUCUCUCACACUAUCUCUCUGUCAUUCUCUAUUCAAUCAUUUUUCUUUCAACCUUUAUUUCCAAAUUCUCUCUUUCUCCACUCGCUUCGUCUCUCAUUCCCUUUCUCUUUUAAAGUCCCCGUCAGUUGCCUUCAAUGUUUUCACAUUCUCUUACCCCCCCCCGACCUUCCCUCAUUUUUUUCUUAUUUCCUCUUCCGUCUACGCUUGAGCUCUCUUUCUCCCUCCCUAUAUAUUUCCACUUCAGUAAUUCUACAUUAUUCAUCCUUCUAUCUAUCUAUCUAUCUAUCUAUCUAUCUAUCUAUCUAUCUAUCUAUCUAUCUAAUAUUCCGUUUCUCUCUUUCCUACUUUCUUUCUACUAAUAAUAAAUAUAUCUUUUUUCAUUCCUUAUUCUUUCUUUCUUUUUUUCUUUCUUUCUUUCUUUCUUUCUUUCUUUCUUUCACUCGUUUAUAUUUUGUCUUUUCCUCUUUCUUUCUCUCGUUUAUAUUCUGUCUUUUCUUCUUCCUUUCUUCCGUUAAUAUUCUUUCUUUCUUUCUUUCUUUCUUUCUUUCUUUCUUAUUCUGA